CAGUGCUACGAUUUUCGAGUGAAAUAAACUCCAAUUACCAGAGCGGUGCCGAAGGAGAAGCCACAAGAAGAGCAACAUUUUGACAGGGAUUGCGAAAGAUUCACAAGAAUUUUUGGUGGGUGAGUCGUGGGAGUGUAAUGUUCUCACAUGGGAAGAGAAAACACAACCUGAUCAUUGGCACACUUCCAGAGUAUAAAAGCACCGGUGAAAUCUGCAACGGAAGUUAGUAAACGGAAGCAAUGGUCAAUUAUCCACAUCAUUUGAAGCUGCUGCUUCUGCUGUUGUUGCUUUGCCCACUGGCACUUGGCCUGGGUCAGGAGGAUUUGGAGCCACUGCAUCGUAAUAAACGCACCCUGACCACAAUCUGUGUGGAGAUCCAGCCGAAUGGACCCCAAAACGAGCCCUAUUUCAUGUGCAAGGGUGCGGAUUUCACCAAUGGCGCCACUCCAGCAGCGACUCCUCAGGCAGCAGAUCAUCAGCAACAGCAACAGCCCAUCUAUAACUUUCCACAGCCAGGAGCACAGUUGCCACCACAGGUGCCAUUUUCAUCAUUCCCCAGCUUUGGUGCUGGGUUUUUUCCGGCCCCAUCGAGCUAUGAGGAUGCAUCCAAUCCUAAGGCAACGCCGCCGUCGUCAAGUCAGCAAUCCCAUGGAGCUCAAUAUGGAUCCGCUGCUGCUGCUUCCUUUCCGCCUGCGACUGCUCCGCAAUCAUAUGGCCUGCCAGCAGUUUCUUACCCAACUGCAGGCGGCCCAGCAGCAGCUCCAGGCGGAACUUUUGCAGGCCCACGCCCAGCGUCCACGCCCACUUCAUAUGCUGAUGCAGGGGCUAAGAAACCGCCGCCAGUUGGGCAAACAACGCCGAUGCGAAAAUCGCAGCCUACGAGCGGCCAAACGAGCAAUGGCAAUGAAUAUCAAUCUCUAAUGGACAGUCGACAUCGUGUCGCCAUGGAUGAAGGUGUCCUGGCCAUGCCCAAUGUGGGUUUCCAGCCGGAGGAACUGAAUACGCAGUACAGAAGACCCAUUGGCGUCAUGGAGCCGCCGAUGAUGUUGAUGCAGCUGCAACAGCCGGCACCUGUUCCCCAUCCCUAUUACGAGGAUCACAUCAUGCGCACGUUCUAUGAAAGCUUGGGGCAUCAGGAGCCACAGGUUGCCCAGGCAGCGCCACUGCAGCAAGCGGCUCACACUGAGCCGCUUGUGGCUCCAGCAUACCCAUCGCCCUAUGCUGCAGCAGCAACUGCUCCUGAGGUGUCUCCACCACCAGCACCACCAACGCCACCGCCUCCUCCGGCUCAGCCCACGUACAGUGCCUAUCCAAAGUCCAGUGCCCCAUUUGAUGGCAAUGCCUGCAAUUCCUGUAAUCGUCCUUGCUCUGCACCUGCCGAGACUUGUCCCAGCUUUCAGCCUGUGAUCAUCGCCAUGCCCUGUUAUGGACAACAACAGCCCACACACUACCUGGCUGUACCCGGUUCGCCGCUGCAGCCUUCUUUUGGAGGAUCCUUUGGCAUGGCACCGCAGGUUGGAUCGCCUUUUGGGUUGGGUCAACAAGCUGGUGGUCACUUUGGCAUCGGAUCUCAGGCUGGUUCGGCUUAUGGCAUGUCUGCUCCUCAGGUUGGAGCACCCUUUGGCAUGGGUCCACAAGUGGGUGGACCCUUUGGCAUGGCGCCGAUGAUAAAUCCCUUUGGACCCUUUGGCAGUUUGAAUCCCUUCAAUCCCUUUAAUAGGAUACUAGGCGCUCAGGCUCCAACCACGUCGCAGCCCAGGAUGCGUCUGUUUGGCGAAGCUUCGACUCCCACGACAACGGCAACAACAUCAUCACCAACUGCUCCACAAUUUCAGCAACCAACCUUCCAGCUAGGCUCCUCCAGCAGCACAAUAGCAACGCCCACAAAGAUGAGCAGUGAAGCAGCUCUUGAGAAAGACGGAGAUGACGACGUCGACGAGGAGGAGGAGGUUGGAUCCCCGGAAGCCACUGAGUCGCCACAUGCCGCUGAAACAACCGUGGAUGAUGAAGGCCCUGAGUUAUCCAAAUCUGUUGAGUCAAAGGAAGCAACGUUCGAUGAAAUAUUGAAAAAGAGCGAGGACAAAUUAAAGUCCGACAAACGCAAGCGUCAAAACUCCCGAUAUAGCAACAGUAGCGCCCAAUCCCAAAAACGCAAAUAUCUCCAGCGAUUGUAGUUCUUAGUAGAAGUUUAUUAUUUUUUUUAUUUUAACUCUAUGCAAAUGAAAUGAGCUUUAUAUAGCUGAAAAUAAAAUUAAUUUGAUAGUUACCCUAAAAGGCAGUGUGUAAUCUUUGCCUGCAUCUAAUCUUGACCAAAAAUCGUCGGCAUA